GCAGUAACCAGGCAGCGGGUUGCGGUGCGCCUGUUUCCACGUCAGUGAGAGCGGUGCGGAGCCGGUUUCCCUGGUCCCCCGGCCCGGCAAGACCCCCUCGCUCGGCGGCCGCACCGGCACCGCCGCCGCCGGGAGGGAGGGGAGAAGGGCGGACAGAGGGGAGGGCCGAGCCCUCCCGCCCACGGCGCCGCCCGCCCGUUCACCCGAUAUGUGAAGCGGCCGCCGCCGCGGGGAGCAGGCGCCGCCAUUUUGGAUGCGGGGGGCCGUCAGGAUGGUGGAUAAGAACAUUUACAUUGUACAAGGUGAAAUCAACGCGGUGGUGGGAGCCAUCAAGCGCAAUGCCCGAUGGAACACUCACACGCAUCUGGAUGAAGAAAGGGAUCCCCUGCUGCAUAGCUUUAGCCUCUUAAAAGAAGUGCUGAAUAAUAUAACAGAGCUCUCUGAAAUUGAACCCAACGUCUUUCUUCGGCCUUUCCUGGAAGUAAUCCGUUCGGAAGACACUACAGGCCCCAUCACUGGAUUGGCCCUCACCUCUGUGAAUAAGUUCCUCUCCUAUGCACUAAUAGAUCCCAGCCAUGAGGGCACAGCGGAGGGGAUGGAGAACAUGGCAGAUGCUGUCACGCAUGCCCGAUUCGUGGGCACGGAUCAUGCGAGCGAUGAGGUUGUCUUGAUGAAAAUCCUGCAGGUUUUGAGGACCUUGCUGCUCACUCCAGUGGGAGCCCACCUCACCAAUGAAUCUGUGUGUGAGAUCAUGCAGUCCUGUUUCCGCAUCUGCUUUGAAAUGAGACUCAGCGAGUUAUUGAGAAAAUCUGCAGAGCACACUCUGGUCGACAUGGUGCAGCUGCUCUUCACAAGGUUGCCUCAGUUUAAAGAAGAGCCUAAAAGCUACAUGGGGACGAACAUGAAGAAAUUGAAAAUGAGAGCUGGAGGAAUGAGCGAAUCAUCAAAAUGGAAAAAGCAGAAGAGAUCGCCAAGGCCUCCUCGCCACGUAACUAAAGUCUCUCCUGGGACAGAACAACCAGCAGCCAGUGCUAGUAACACCACAGGAAGCGGAGUUACUUUCAUAGAUGCUCCUCCCAGCUCCUCUGGGAGCUCAGAAAAUGUUUCAUCUGCAGUCAGCCCUGCUACAGACAGUGGUUUGGAGUUGUCCUCACAGACUACCUCCAAGGAAGAUCUGACAGACUUGGACCAGGUCACUUCUAUGGGACUUAAUGCAGGAACGCCUUCAAAUGAGGCCAAAGUCACUGAAAACCAAAAUCAGCCUGAUCUCCAGAAUGAAAGUUUGAGGGAGGAGAAGAUCCAGUCAGCUUCUGUUGAGUCUAUCCCUGAGGUCCUAGAGGAGUGCACAUCCGUAGCAGAACAUUCUGACUCUGCCUCUGUUCAUGACAUGGACUAUGUAAAUCCUCGAGGAGUACGUUUUACUCAGUCUUCCCAAAAAGAAGGAGCAGCACUGGUCCCCUAUGGGCUACCGUGUAUUAGAGAACUGUUCCGCUUUCUGAUCUCCCUCACCAACCCUCACGACCGCCACAACUCUGAGGUGAUGAUCCACAUGGGGCUGCAGCUUCUCACUGUUGCCCUGGAGUCAGCGCCCAUCGCCAACUGCCAGUCCCUCCUGGGGCUGGUGAAGGAAGAGUUGUGCCGGCAUCUAUUUCAACUGCUGAGUGUUGAACGGCUCAAUCUGUAUGCAACCUCCCUCAGGGUGUGCUUUCUUCUCUUUGAGAGCAUGAGAGAGCAUCUGAAAUUCCAGCUGGAGAUGUACAUCAAGAAGCUGAUGGAAAUCAUCACUGUGGAAAACCCCAAGAUGCCCUACGAAAUGAAGGAGAUGGCUUUGGAGGCCAUCGUCCAGCUGUGGAGGAUCCCCAGCUUCGUGACCGAGCUCUACAUCAACUACGACUGCGACUACUACUGCGCCAACCUCUUCGAGGAGCUCACCAAGCUGCUCUCCAAGAAUGCCUUUCCAGUUUCUGGACAGCUGUAUACUGUCCACCUGCUGUCUCUGGAAGCGUUGCUGACAGUGAUAGAUAGCACUGAGGCACAUUGCCAGGCCAAAGUGCUGAGUAACAUACAUCAACAAGAAAAGGAAGCUGUCAAAUCCAGCCCAGAAACCAUGAACAGCACCAAAGAAACAAGCAAUAAUAAUGAGAGAGUGCUCAGUGAGGGAAAAUCUUCCACUGCAGUCUCAGAGCCAGCUGGGGCAUGUCCUCCCACCAGUGGGUGCCUUAUGGCUGACCAGAUGAAGGAAAGCUGCAUGGAACUGGAAGGAGGAAGCGAGGCAGCUGAGAAGAGCAUCCCCAGGAAGCCUACUCGGUUUUCUUGUAUCCUUCCAAGCCCUCAGGAACUUAUGCAGAUUAAGAACAAAAAGAAGCUCCUGAUAACCGGCACAGAGCAGUUCAACCAAAAGCCAAAGAAAGGGAUCCAGUUUCUGCAGGAGAAGAACCUUCUUGCCACCCCCAUCGACAACAAUGAGGUGGCCAGGUGGCUACGGGAAAAUCCUCGCCUGGACAAGAAGAUGAUUGGGGAAUUCGUGAGCGACCGUAAGAACAUAGACUUGCUGGAAAGCUUUGUAGGGACUUUCAGCUUCCAGGGUUUAAGGUUGGAUGAAGCUUUACGACUUUAUCUAGAAGCCUUCAGGUUACCGGGAGAGGCACCCGUAAUCCAGAGGCUGUUGGAAGCCUUCACAGAACAUUGGAGGAAAUCAAACGGGUCCCCAUUUGCUAACAGUGAUGCCUGCUUUGCCCUGGCCUAUGCAGUAAUUAUGCUCAACACUGACCAGCACAACCAUAACGUCCGCAAGCAGAACGUCCCAAUGACUCUGGAGGAGUUUCGGAAGAACCUGAAAGGUGUGAAUGGAGGCAAAGACUUUGAACAGGACAUACUGGAAGACAUGUACCACGCCAUCAAAAAUGAUGAGAUAGUGAUGCCAGAAGAACAGACGGGCCUGGUGAAGGAAAACUAUAUCUGGAAUGUCCUGCUGCAUCGUGGUGCCACUGAUGAGGGAAUAUUUCUCCAUGUGCCUCCUGGAAGCUAUGACCAUGAUCUCUUCACCAUGACGUGGGGGCCAACUAUUGCAGCACUUUCUUAUGUUUUUGAUAAGAGCUUAGAAGAAACAAUCAUCCAGAAGGCUAUCUCUGGUUUCAGGAAAUGUGCAAUGAUUUCUGCUCACUAUGGCCUUAGUGAUGUGUUUGACAAUCUCAUCAUUUCUCUUUGCAAGUUUACAGCCCUCAGCAGCGAGUCUAUUGAGAACCUGCCCACUGUUUUUGGAAGUAAUCCCAAGGCCCAUAUUGCAGCGAAGACUGUGUUUCACUUGGCCCAUCGCCACGGUGACAUUCUGCGGGAGGGCUGGAAGAACAUCAUGGAGGCCAUGCUACAGCUUUUCCGAGCAGAGCUGCUGCCCAAGGCCAUGGUGGAGGUUGAAGACUUUGUGGAUCCUAAUGGCAAAAUCUAUCUGCAACGUGAGGAGACACCAUCUAACCGUGGUGAGUCUACAGUGCUGAGUUUUGUUAGCUGGCUCACCCUCAGUGGGACAGAGCAAUCUGGUAUGAGAGGACCAUCUACAGAGACGCAAGAGGCGAAGCGGAUGGCUCUGGAAUGCAUAAAGCUAUGUGACCCUGAGAAGUUGAUCACAGAAAGCAAAUUCCUCCAACUUGAAUCCCUCCAGGAGCUCAUGAAGGCUCUGAUCUCUGUGACUCCUGAUGAGGAGACGUACGAUGAAGAGGAUGCUGCCUUCUGCUUGGAGAUGCUUCUGAGGAUUGUGCUAGAGAAUAGGGACCGUGUGACCUGCGUCUGGCAAACUGUCCGAGACCACCUCUAUCACCUCUGUGUCCAUGCCAUGGACUUCUGCUUCCUGGUGGAGAGGGCAGUGGUGGGGCUGCUGAGACUGGCAAUUCGGCUCCUUCGUCGGGAAGAAAUCAGUGCUCAGGUUCUCCUCUCAUUACGUAUCCUGCUCAUGAUGAAGCCAAACGUGCUCUCCAGAGUUAGCCAUGAGGUUGCCUAUGGCCUCCACGAACUCCUCAAGACCAAUGCUGCCAACAUUCACUCCGGGGAUGACUGGUACACGCUCUUCACCCUCCUGGAGUGCAUUGGGUCUGGGGUGAAGCCUCCUGCAGCCCUGCAGGUUACAGCAAGGGCAGAUAAUGACACAGGUGCUCAGUCAGACAGCGAGGUCUCCUCCUCCUACCACCCAAGCGACACGAGCCUGGACCGUGGCUACACCUCAGACUCAGAGGUGUACACAGACCACGGGAAGCCAGGCAAGAUGCAUCGCUCGGUGACAGACGUGGAUGUUGUGAACAGUGGCUGGCUAGUGGUGGGGAAAGAUGACAUCGACACCUCCAGAUCCACGGCUGGGCUCAGCAGGCUGGGGCCAUCUCCUCUGGUCAACCAGUACAGCCUGACUGUGGGGCUGGAUCUGGGGCCACACGACACAAAGUCUCUCAUGAAGUGCGUAGAGUCCCUGUCCUUCAUCGUGCGAGAUGCUGCCCACGUUACACCUGAGAACUUUGAGCUCUGUGUCAAAACCAUCCGCAUCUUCGUGGAGGCGAGCUUGAAUGGGGGUUACAAGUCCCAGGAGAAGAGGGGGAAGAGCCACAGGUAUGACAGCAAAUCCAGCCGGUUAAAAAAAAAGCCAAAGGAGAGCUCCGCGCGGCGAUCGCGGGCCUUGAGCCAGCACCAGGCACACACCCACAGCGACGAGGACGAGGAUGAGAGCAUCCCUGCCAGCUACCACACUGUGUCUUUACAGGUUAGUCAGGACCUCCUGGACCUCAUGCACACCUUGCACACGCGGGCGGCCACCAUCUACAGCUCCUGGGCAGAGGAGCAGCGCCAUCUAGAGACGGGAGGGAGGAAGAUCCAAGCGGAUUCCCGGACGCUGUGGGCCAACUGCUGGUGCCCUCUGCUACAGGGUAUUGCCUGGCUGUGCUGUGAUGCCCGACGCCAGGUACGGAUGCAGGCACUCACUUACCUGCAGCGGGCCCUCCUGGUACAUGACCUGCAGGCCCUGGAUGCCCUGGAAUGGGAGUCCUGCUUCAACAAGGUGCUGUUCCCUCUGCUAACCAAGCUACUGGAGAACAUCAGCCCAGCUGAUGUUGGUGGGAUGGAAGAAACUAGGAUGAGAGCCUCAACACUACUCUCCAAGGUGUUCCUACAGCAUCUCUCCCCGCUGCUCUCACUGACCACCUUUGCUGCCCUGUGGCUGACAAUCCUGGACUUCAUGGACAAAUACAUGCAUGCUGGUUCCAGUGACUUACUGCUGGAGGCCAUCCCCGAGUCUCUGAAGAAUAUGCUGCUGGUAAUGGAUACAGCUGGGAUAUUCCACAGCGCUGACUCACGGACGGGAUACUCGGAUCUCUGGGAAAUCACCUGGGAAAGGAUUGACUGCUUCUUACCUAGGCUGAGGGAUGAGCUCUUCAAACAGACAGUCAUCCAAGAUCCCGUCCCCAGCAUCCCAACGGAGCAGCAGCACCAGAAAUCAAUAGUGUCUGCCCUGCCCCCUUCUCCUGUGGGGGAUGUGAGACCACCCACCCACCUGGCUCCUUUGGAGAAGCCCUGCGAACUGGGUGCCAAUGAGCCUGAGCGAGUGGCUGCACCUGCCUCACCCACCAUCAGCACCUCCACCUCUCCUCCUUUCCCAGCAUCAGCUCCACCCAAGACCAGCCCCGUGACGGACAUACCUCCUACCACAGCUCAGCCGCCGCUCAUCCUGCAGCCUCUGGCCUCACCCCUGCAGGUUGGGGUGCCACCCAUGACUCUGCCAAUCAUUCUCAACCCGGCCCUCAUUGAAGCCACCUCUCCCGUGCCCCUCUUAGCUACUCCACGGCCCACUGACCCCAUGACAACCUCCGAAGUCAAUUAGUUGGAGGGUGUCUGGAGAACCGUCUGCUGAAGGAAGCUCUGUGGGUGGAGGAAGCUGGUAGUGGGCAUGUUUGUUUUAGAAGAUGAUGCCAACCUGAGCAGAAGGGCUGCUGCUGCAGUAUCCCCUGGAGCACAUCAUCACGUUCUGCUCCCUUCUUGUGGCAACCACCUAGAAAUCCCUGUCUUCUCGGAGGGGUCCCCAGUUCCACUGACCACUCUCCUUCCUGCCUUUCACAAUCUCAGGGGCCCAGCAGCCUGGGACCAAGCUGCCACCAGUUCAUCUGGUGAAGAGGGGGGAAA